CGCAGAGGAGAUGGCAGCCCUCCGGACGGCACUGCAUGCACGACUUGUUCAGGCCCUCCCUUUUUCCUUUGGCUCACUGCGGUUUGCUAGCUCCUUUAAGACAAGUCAGCAUCUUAACUGUCUGUGCAUAACACUCCGCCGAAUGUGCUAAAGCAUGCUAUGUCAUUAACUAUGAUUUAAAACCAAUCACUGUAUUCGUGGCCCGCUGUUCUCUCGUUUCCGUCCACUUCUGCCGCUCCGGUUCGCUUGUUCGUCUCCACCUCAGGCAGCAGAUCUCACCAUUGAGCGCAAUCCGGCAUGCAAGCCAAAGCCCAACCCCUCCACCUUGCUGUUUGGCAAACAGUUCUCCGACCACAUGCUGACCAUCAGCUGGUCGGAGAAGGAUGGCUGGGAAGCUCCACAAAUCAAACCUUUCCAGAACCUGUCGCUACAUCCGGCCUGCUCUGCCCUGCACUACUCCAUAGAGCUGUUUGAAGGGAUGAAGGCUUUCCGUGGAGCUGACAACCACAUCCGUCUGUUCAGACCCAUGCUGAACAUGGAGAGGAUGCAUCGAAGCGCAGACAGAAGCUGCCUUCCUCUUUUUGAUAAAGGUGAACUGCUGGAGUGCAUCAAGAAGCUGGUGGAGAUUGACCAAGACUGGGUCCCGUACUCCCAGGAAGCCAGCCUCUACAUCAGACCGACCUUUAUAGGAAAUGAGCCAUCCCUCGGUGUCUCCCGACCCGGAAAAGCGAUGAUAUUUGUCAUCAUCGGCCCAGUGGGACCCUACUUUGCUACGGGAUCCUUCAACCCGGUUUCUCUGCUGGCAGAUCCAUCGUUUGUCAGAGCUUGGAAAGGAGGUGUUGGGGCGUACAAGAUGGGAGGUAAUUAUGGGCCUACAAUAGCAGUGCAGAAUGAGGCGUUGAAGCAGGGCUGUCAACAGGUCCUCUGGCUGUAUGGAGAGGAACAGGAGAUCACGGAGGUCGGGACCAUGAACCUCUUCAUCUACUGGACCAAUGACAAAGGAGAGAAAGAGUUGAUCACCCCUCCUCUGGAUGGUAUUAUUCUGCCAGGAGUGACCAGACAGUCAUUGCUGGACCUGGGCAGAGCUUGGGGUGAGUUUAAAGUGACGGAGCGCACGAUGAGCAUGAAGGAGCUGCUCGGAGCUUUGGAUGCUGGAAGAGUCCUGGAGGUGUUUGGAGCAGGGACGGCCUGCGUCGUCUGUCCGGUCGGCAGCCUCCUCUACAGAGGAAAGAUAUACCAGAUUCCUACCAUGCAGAACGGCCCAGAUCUGGCAAAGAAGUUCUACAAAGAGCUUACUGAUAUUCAGUAUGGACGCACACCCAGCGAGUGGGCACCGCUGGUUGUUUAAACAGCCAUUUUUGCACAUGCCGGUUGUAUCAACAGUCAGUCCCGUAAUUCCAGUCCAGACGACCAGCAGCACCACCCCACCUCCCCCUCAGCACACUAAUGCACUCCUGCUUAACUCACCGGCCAGAGGGGACGGACGGUAAUCCUUCCAUCCAUCGUCUGCUCGGGACGGCUUUUACAGACGUCCCUCUCUCUGAGGACGCUCACAGGGAACCAGCUGGUGGUUUGAAUGUAGCGGCUUGCGUUGGAAAGCAAUAUUAACAACCAAAUGCAACCUUCUAACAAGUCCAGCAGGAGAGAAAAUCAAGAAACUAGACGAUAAAAACGUAUCCACAUAUAAAACAUUAUAUUAAGGCAUUCAAGUCUAAUUAUGAAGAUCUUCUAAGGAAGGCGUCCAUUAACAGCACAAACAUCAAUCAUCACUUCGAUAUUAAAGUAGGCACAAGCUGACAUAACUCUGGUGUUGUGAGACAUUUACUAAGCAGCUCAAUAUUUGAUGUGUAGGACUUUAUUAAGACCGUUAGCCUCUCAACAACAUGCACUACAAAUACCGUUUCUCAUCAGCUAACGUGUAGAAAUGUAUUUCCAACGGAAAAAAAGUCAAUCUGUAGUAGAAGCCAUUGUGUUUUCUCCAAAACUUGUAACUGUUACAUGUAAGUAGACGAUUAAUAGAAAAACCUGUGGGGAUGUUUUGUUACUGCUGUGUAAAUAUAGACCUGAGCGAGUACUGCUGUAAACCUCACGGGGGGGAGGGGCAAGUCACUUUGACACCACAGUUUGCACUGACUUCGGUUAAUGUCAGGUGAUCUUUGUCGGAAAGGAAGCACAAGAGGCUUUUUUGUUUUUUUGUCAUUUUGUUUGUGACAAACAGACAAAAAUAAAGAUAAAGACGGAGGUGAAAGUUGAGCGGCAGCACGCACAAACGGUAGGACAGAAAGCCUACACGUUGUAGAUGAAAAACGACUGUUAGAUGCUGGCAGUUGCUCCUGCAAUAUUUGUGUGUUUUCCAUGAGAACAAUGUAUAGAAACAAAUAGAUUGUUAUUUUAGAGGUUUUUAAAUUAUUUUAUCCUUGUAUUGAUGUGGAAUUUGGCCCAAGUGUCUUCCAAAGUCUUGCUGUAUUCUCACUUCAUGUCCACUGUUUUCUCUUCUUCUCUCUUUGAAUGUAUUUUAUUUCUACACACACACACACACACCUGUUCGUACACCUGUCCCCCUGCUCCAAGUGCCUCGUCCUUUAGUGGAGAAACAACUGAUGAUUUGUUUGUUCCUGUUUGUGCACAAGUGGAUGUAAAAGUUGGUUUAGUUUUAUUUUACAUGUGCUGUUACUUUAAUUCAUGUUUUUACAAUAAAUCUGAUUUGAGCUUA